AAAGUUUGAACGAAGUUUCUACGUUAAGCGGUUCGAGCUGAAUUAAUAGCAGAAAUCUGUACGAAGAAUAAAAAGAAGAAGAAGUGGGAGAAAGAAUAAGAAGUUUAGGAAUAACAAUGCAGCGCAUUAAACCAUGGACUCCUGGAAUGACGUAGAAUCCAGUAGAAUCCCACGCAUUCACAAAAAGAAAUGCUAGUUCGUGACCAUGGUAACCAGUGCUAACAGGAAGGCUUCAUUUCAGUUUCAUGGUACAGUGUGUUUAUAGCGUAUGUGUGUGUCCUUUCUGUGGCUAUGGUCAUAUGUACCUUAGUUUGAGAUGUCGGUGUAGCCGCAUAAUUCACUGUAGGCUGUUUUAACACAAUUGCCAAAUUAUGGCUACCGUCAAACAGGAUAACUUGGAGAUGGAGGAGCUGUUGAAGCGAUUCAAGAAAAGAGACUUGGCUCAGACGUACUUUUUUAAAAUGUCAUGUCGUGUAUUCGGAACACCAACAUCUCGGGAUCGGGUUAUAAUCGCACCCCGGAUGCAUGUCGUCAGUAAUGCGCAAAGGUGCCCGGUAGUGGACCUACCUACACCAAAUAUCCGGAAAGCCAGCCACACCGUGACGAUGUCAGUGAACUCGGUCCCACCGGUGCAGCGGUUUACAAAUUUUCCAGCUGAGAAAACGAUACCGGACCAGGAUUGGGUCAGAGAACGAAAAGCAUUUCGUCACAUGUUGAACGGAAUCGGAAAUCUGAGCCAGUGGACGAAUAAUAAGCCCAUAGUCACAGAGUUGGAGCUUAAGCUGGCAGAGAGGGAGAGGAGACCCAAUCGAGGAUACCCUCCAGUCGGGUCCAAUCUACCCCUGUCGUCCGCCCCAAAGCAUUUGGCACCCAUCUCCUGUGAAACUCCGGUGCUUCACAUGCGCGCACUACGAGCUCCAGAGAAGGUGGAAGAGGUGAUGAGGUCCCGGCGCAGGCACGAGAUGUGCAACCAACUGGAUAUUACAGGCACUGGAAAAAAAAGCCGGCGUGCUAUGCGUACUGCCUUUGAGAAAGCAGGUAUUAGGGUGUCAGAGGAGAGGCUGGAUGACCUGGUGGCGUCUCUGAGUGGCGAGGGGGAGUUUGUGACCGUGGCGGCCCUGGCCGCGGCCAUCAGGGACUGCACUGAGGAGUGCAGCGGGGUGGAGGAAGGCAGCGAUGCACAAGAUCCUCUGCACUCUGCACGCAUUUUACUACAGGAGAGAGUGGAGCGGGACAGGCUUCAGCUGUACCAGCAGCAACGCAGGAAGGGCCGUGUGCAAGAUGAGGAGGUUCUAGUGCUCCUGCAGACUCUGCCUACAGGGAACCUGAGUCAGGAUGCCCACUCUUACCCCUCCUCCCUGGCCGGGGAUGCGGGGGUCACCAUCGACCGCUACAGGCGGCAGGGGGUGGGAGAGUACCUGGACUCCCUGGACCAGUGUCAGCGGCAAGGGAUCAACAUCAGCCACACCAGCAUGCGGAAGGUUCUUCUCCACCCAGGAGACCUGCACCUGCAGGGGCCUGGUAGGGGGAAGGGCAUCAGGCAGGCCGGCGCCAGUCCCCUCCCAGGCUGCGGGGGGCGUCUUCGGGGGGGAGUCACUAAGGCCAGCACCUCCCCCUCCAGGGAGGAGGAGAAGGAGGAAGAAGACGAGGAGGGGGUGGAGGAAGAGGAGCCCCCGAAAAAAGUCCAAAGAGAAAGGCGAAAAGCCUGCACUCGCCGUGCUGACCCAAAUGCUUUCUGGCCGGGCCAUGAGAACCAUGUCCGUCUCUACCUGCCCCAGGUGGGCAUCCCUCCCGAAAGGGCCCUCUUCCAGCCCGUGGCCCACAAGCCCGAGCCCAGUCCAGGGGCGUGGCCAGUGAACGAGAGAGGAUAUUCCACAUCAGGGGACAUUGAUGGUCAGAAAGCGUAUACUUUAUAGACAAGUUUGGAAAAACAUGUCUUUGAUUCAAAGCCUGACUUUGCUUAAGGACUGGCGAUUAUGGAGGAAAAAUGUUAGUUGUGUAUUAAUGUUCUUCCUGAGAUUCUCUGAUGACUGCAAAUUAAAAUGUUUAAAUGAUGCAAAGCCACAACACAGACAACUGCUUGAGACAACGUACGUGGAUUUUAACCAAAAACAGUGAAGAUAAUAAGGAGGAUAAUACUCAGAAGUAUGUUUUAAGAGUACUCAUAGUAUAAAGUACUAAUUUACUCAAUAAUCAUCAAAAAAUAAGCACACAAUAAAAAUCAUAUACCUCCCCUUCAACACAAAAUAUUACUAGGUGACUUCACCUUUAAGUCAAGUCAAGUCAAAUGCAUCAAGAGCAUCAGCAACUUCAAUGAAUGUAAUCACGUCACCCAAAACACGAAAUAAAAUGAAACAACCCAAAAGAAAGAGUCUGUAGGCUUUGUGUGAGCCUGUGAUGGUGUGUGUGUGUGUGUGUGUAUGUUGAUGUGGUGUAAGUGUGUAUGUCAGGACGGGUUAGCGUAGCGUGAGCAGCUUGAGAGUCUGGAAGUAUGAGCAAGGUGCGUUUUGUUUGCACUCACGGUGACGUUGUUGGCCACCAAGGAUCUGUCCAGGUCCGUAUGAAAUAGAACGACAGUUCAGGUUGGCGUCUACCUCCAGCGUCAGCGUGAUGAUUGAAGAACAAUUUCAGUCAGUAUGAUCGAUCGGCCAGUGUGGUGAUCAACUUUAUUAAUCCCGAGGGAAAUUUAGGUAACAACGGAGCUACUUGGAAAGGCUGCCACUCGAAGCUGGGGCACACUCGCACACCAUGAGGGGGGAAGAAAGGAAGAAGGGGGGAAGAAGAAAAGAGAGAAAAAA